AUUAAUACGAAAUGUCCUUUCUGUUGGUAGCGUUCAGGGGAUAAGGGUCGUAGGAAAGGAACGAAAGGACUGAAUUAGCAUACGUGAAUUUCGUUAAGCCAACGUGAGUUUAACAACAACUGUUCAAAGGUUGUAAAUGUACUUUUAUCUAUCAUUUAGCAUUUUAAUAGAUUUUGCGUUAACGUACCUUCUGUCCGUCACUAUACGCAAGUAUCGUUCAAAUCAAUCGACAAUGUCUGCUAACCCCGAACAACCCAACGACUAUUCCAGGUUGCCAAACCCACAGAGUAGGGAGACUGCCAAGGAACUGUAUGCACAGAAGAAAUACAAGGAAGCAUUGAAUGAAUACAGCCAACUUAUUGAACAAAAACCCAAUGAGGCAUUGAAUUAUCUGAACAGGGCUGCCUGUUCUAUAAUGCUUAUGAAGUAUGACAGUGCCAUAGAUGACACUAAGAAAUGUAUUGAACUCGACAAAGAAUUAUACAAAGCAUAUAUUAGACUUAUGAAAUGUCUGUUGAUUGUGGGCGACAUUAUCCAAGCCGAAACCACCUUGUCCAGGUUGCUAGAACAGGAUCCGAAGAACAAGGCAGUUGCUGUUCAUCAAAAGGACUUGGAAUACGUGAAAAGGUUUCUAAAAGACGGCGAAUCCGCUUUCGCUGCCAAGGAUUACCGUAAGGUCGUGUAUUGCAUGGAUCGCUGCCUCGACGUCAGCAAGAGUUGCAUUAAAUUCAAAUUGAUCAAAGCGGAAUGCCUGGCACUUCUGGGAAGAUACCAGGAAUCGCAGAAAAUAGCGAACGAUAUAUUUCACAUUCACCCAAAAAAUGUGGACGCUAUAUACGUGCGGGCCGUAUGUCUGUAUUUCGAAGAUAAUAUCGACAAGGCGUUCACGCACUUUCAACAUGUACUUAAACUGGCUCCGGAUCAUACCAAAGCGUUGGAGAUGUAUAAACGAGCGAAGAGUCUUAAAAAGAAGAAGGAAGAAGGAAACGCUGCAUAUAAAUCUGAGCAAUAUCAAAAGGCGUAUAAUCUGUACACGGAAGCUUUGGCAAUCGAUCCUCAGAACGUAGCAACAAAUGCAAAGCUUCACUUUAACAAAGGGAUGGUUGCAGCGAAGCUGGGACGAUUAAAAGAGUCGGUAACAGAAUGUUCAGAAGCUUUGAAAUUGGAUGCAAAUUACUUGAAAGCGCUCCUGAGACGAGCGGCUUCUUAUAUGGAACUGAAGGAAUUCGAGGAAGCUACCCAUGACCUGGAAAAAGCAUACAAAAUGGAUAGUAGUCGCGAAAUCAACCGUUUAUUGACAAACGCUAAGUUGGCGUUGAAGAAAUCGAAGAGGAAAGAUUAUUACAAGAUCUUGGGCAUCGACAAGAACGCGUCUACUGAUGAUAUUAAGAAAGCGUACAGGAAACGGGCGAUGGUACAUCACCCUGAUCGACAUCCGUACGCAACCGAGGGUGAAAAGAAGGAACAAGAAAAGAAGUUCAAAGAAGUCGGAGAAGCCUAUGGAAUUCUUUCGGACCCGAAAAAGCGGUCGCGUUACGACAGCGGUGAUGACUUAGAUGACAUCGACAAUGCAUUCCAAGAUAUGGAUCCUAACGCACAAUUCCGAUCGUUCUUCACUCAACACGGUGGUUACUUCCACGAUUAUUUCCACUUCGGUUAAGAGCAUUCCACCGGCACCCGUUCUACGACAACUUCGAUGUUCUAAGUGGACUGUUUAUUCUAGAGAUGAGUAUAUCAGAUUUGUGUACCUUCCAUUGCUAGCAAGUACCCAUAUUUUCAAGUAGCAUACAUAAUACAAAACCUACUAGAUAUAGUUUUAUAUAUUUAUUUAAAACAAAUGUAAAUAUGUCGUAUACGGUAUGAUAUCUAAGGACACAUUAUAUCUAGAUCAUAUUCCAAUAAGUGCGACUGAUGAGUAUCGAGGAUUGCAGCGACUAUCCUCGACGAACAUGAUUUUUUGACAAUGUCCUUGAAUUGAUGUAGGUACUUAUAAGAAAACUAUAUUCCCUUACCUUCCACCGUUCAUCAAUGUUCAAGUGUUAGUUUCUAUCAAACCAAACGUAAUAUACUUUCCAAAGUUAUCUCGAGUUACACGUGCGUUUAAAUCACUCUUAAUAAAAUUAAGUAUUGUAUCGAGCAAUGAGUUUACAAUUGUUAUCGAAAGGGUAAACGACGAAGACGACUGAAUAGAAGAACGAAAGCGUGAUAAUGAUCGUUGACAUUAUUUUGCGAUUUGUAAGAAAAUAAUAUGUUGACUAUCUUAGUUAUCCCUCGAUCGAGGAACGACGUUGUUCACAUACCACAUUCGUUCAAAUAAAGAGCCCUUCUCGUUCUUUU